GAAUCAGUCAGUGGCCGGGUGGUGGUCAGGAGGAGAGGCUGGCAACCCCUCUGCCUCCCGCCUCGUUUGGGCAGUCCUAAUCUACCUUUAUUACUAGGAUAUAUCUCAGGGUAGCCAUGAGGAGAGGUAGCCAAGGUCACGGGCCCGUGUGGCGCGUAGGGAAGGCUGUAAUGGAGGUGGCACAGCUGGACCUCCCUGGCUCGUUGCUUCCUGUUCAUCCUUCCCAGGGGAUGGUGUUCAAGAGAUAGGAUGUCGAGCCGGCAGUGGUCACCCUCUCAGCGGCCACCCCUCAACCCUCUGGCGGCCGGGCAACACAGCAACACCAUGAAGGGCGGUGAUUCUUCCCCUGCUGCGGCGAGGUCCCCAACCGCGGUCCCGCCACAGACCCUUUGUAAGCGGCACAGUCCAGACAACCCAGGCCUUGCUGAGAGUGAGAAUGCGCCCCUCUCUUUGCACAACAAGCGGCAGCGCACCAAGAGUGGCUCGGACGUGAUCGAGCCCCUAGUGUCGUCAUGUCAGGACAGUACCAUACCGGCCCCGGACUGCAGCAGUGUCAAGGGGGAGUCUAUGCCGUUGUGUGAACAUAAUAUAAGAACUUCUAGGUUAGAGACAGGACAGGAAGCUGCAGCUCCACACACAGAACCCUCUUGUUCCUGUACAAAGAGAGAGAGUUGCAGUAGUAGUAGUAGUGGUGGUAGUAGCAGUAGUAGUAGUAGUAGUAGUGAUAGUGUAAAUAAUCUAGUAAGUGGUGAGAACCUGAGAACUGAUGGUACAUUGGAGUGCAGAAGUGAUGGUGAAUUGACGGGACAGAACAGUGUUGCAUUGUACCCAGGUCACCAGCCACUAGCUAAUGGAAAGGGGAAUGGUGGCCUGUCACCACACUGUGCUGCCACCCUGGAAUAUGUGACCCAGCUGCCUGAGGGGUGUUCUGGAGGGGGAGCUGAUCCCUCUGUCCUGGAGCCUUCCAACUUGACCAGUGCCUGUGAGCCAGACGAGGAGUUGGAGGAUGACGACAACUACUUGGACUCGUCUGAGGAAGAGUUGGAGGAUGAACUCACCUUGACAAACAAUGAGGAUGAAGAAAGUUGUGGAGAGGAUGAUCAGAGUGUGAUCAGUUCAGUGACGGUGGGAUCAACCUGCUCCCUGCGGUCGGUGGCCAGUGAAGCGCUGAGCACUAUCUGUAUCAAUGAGCAUGGCCUGGCAGCCAAUGAGGAUGGGUCUUUGUUAUAUGCAGAAACCCCAGCGCCUUCCCCACUGCCAUCCUUCACUCCUAGUCUAUUUUCUCAUGUACCGCCUUCAAUCAAUUUUUGCCAGUAUAAUGAGAAGACUGUAGAUCUCCCUGUUAUAAUUGGAAGGUUGCUCAAGUGGAGAUUUACCAAUAUAACUCCCCUUAUUGUAAGAAAAACCAUUACCAAUUCGGGAUUUAAGAUAACAAAAAAAACAUUGCAGUGGUGUGGCACUUGGGGGAAGCACAUGAAAUCUCCCUGCUUCAAGUCUGUGAGGGAAUUUCAAAAGAUCAACCAUUUCCCAGGAACUUUUCAGAUUGGCCGCAAAGAUAAGCUUUGGAAAAACUUUCUGCGACUUCAGACUAAAUUUGGGAAGGAAGAGUUCGGUUUCAUUCCAAAGACAUUUGUUCUCCCAGGAGACAUGAAAGCCUUAAAAGCCACCUUUGAUAAGGAGGGUGUCAAGAAAAAGUGGAUAGUGAAACCUCCAGCCUCAGCCAGAGGAACUGGGAUACAGGUUGUCCACAAGUGGCCACAAGUGCCUACUGACACAGCAGUUGUUGUUCAGAGAUACAUCAGCCGCCCUUACCUCAUCAAUGAUACUAAGUUUGAUAUGCGCAUAUAUGUUCUUGUCACAUCCUUCCAUCCAUUGAGAAUAUAUCUCUACCAGGAUGGACUUGUCAGAUUUGCUUCAGUCCAGUACAACAAUGCAUCCACCAGCCUGGCAGACAGAUACAUGCACCUCACCAACUAUAGCGUCAAUAAGUCGUCGUCAUCAUACACUCACAAUGCAGAUGCUGGCCAGUGUCAGGGCCAUAAGUGGACCCUCAAGUCCCUCUGGGGGUACCUCAAGGCUCAGGAUGUGGACACCUCAGCUCUGUGGAGCAGAGUGGCAGACCUUGUGAUCAAGACAAUCAUCAGUGGGGAGCAUGACAUUGUUGUGCGAACACGGAAAAAUGUCCGGUCAAGGUACUCUUGCCAUGAGCUUUUUGGCUUUGAUGUGAUCAUUGAUGAGCGGCUGCGACCGUGGCUCCUGGAAGUGAACAUUUCCCCCUCCCUGCACUCAGCCUCACCCCUGGACCACUCCGUCAAGGGACCGCUCAUUGCUGAUCUCCUCAACAUGGUGGCCUUCCAUGUUCCUGACAAGCUGAGUCAACAACAACAGACUAACCUCUUGGCAGACCUAAACCUUGGCGAGAAGGUGUCUGGGUUGUGUCUAGAUCGCAGAAUUUACACAAGACUUCUGACACCAGAUGAACAGCUGAAACAUGUCACCGUGAAUGCUAUGGCUAGGAGUGAGUACCUGACAGCUGCCAUUGAGAACCUGACUCCCGAUGAUGUACGGCACAUGAUAAUGGCCGAAGAUGAGCUGCAUAGGGCUGGCAAGUUCACCCGCAUAUUUCCAACAGCUGAAACACACCAGUACUUUGGGUUCAUGGAGAAGCCUCGGUACUACAACAGACUGAUGGAUGCCUGGGAGAACAAGUAUUCUGGAUGCAGAGAGAAAGCCAUUGAAAACAUAGAAGCCUUGUGUGCAGAAAAGUUCCACCUCAGGGUACCUCCCACCUUCAAAAUGCCAAAGGUCACUGUCUCAGGCGGCUUCAAGGUCACUCCCAGACUGCCGUUCUCCCCCCAACUGGGGAAGUCUCCACCAUCCCUGCCCCCACACCAGCCUCCCCCAAAGCUUCACUCACAGCCACAGAGAGGAAAGAAGAAGGUGUCGUUGUCACGACGCUCCAGGAGGGUGAAGUUGUCAACACACCCGCUGAAGCCAGCUGUAGUGUCUAGCUUCUUCUACUUGCGGGGCAUCAGUGCAGGACACACAGUAGCGGAGGAGGAAGAGGAAGAGGAGGAGGAGGAAGAGGAAUGUGUGACAGAUACAGAGAUGAGAAUGGAAAUGUGUGUUGCACCUGAGAGUGAGGCAUCCCUUCUUGCAAAGGACAAGAAGGAAACUGUGGAACAGAUUGAACUCUUGUCAAUAUGUGAUGAAAAGUAAGUGACUCGUCAGGCAAAGACAAGCACAUUUUACUGUGAGCUUCUGAAAUUCUUGUAUACUGCCCACAGGUUAAAGUGAUAGUUAAAUUUUGAAACAUUUAUAAUAUUUAUUGUGAAAUAAAACAGAGAUCACAUUUUUCUCGUAAGAAAGUUUUUUUCACCUUGCUUGAUCUAGUUAAUGAUUUUUUAAUUGUGUUACCAAAUUAUGUGACUGUUAUUGUGAUGUAAGAUGUAAUUUUUCAAGUGAGGUUAUAAUUUCAGUUUCUGAAGUUAGUUUAUUUUUCUUUUAUUUAUUAAUUAAUUUUUUAUAUUUCAUUUUAUCUAUUAAUUUAUUUAUUUUUCAGAAUGGGAAGCAUUACUUGUUUUGCAUGAGAUUGUAAAAUUGUCAAAAUGUGAUGUAACAGUCCAAGAAUUUAUCACUAAUAACAUUAUGAAUGUUUUCUUUUCUUUAUUUAUUUUUGUUAUAUAAUGAAUUUGUACUGGUAGUCUUAUUGUAAUUUUAUAAUGGCUGGGUAUGUAUACAUUAUUUCUAUGAUAGGGACUUUAAUUUGUGUACGUGUAUAGUAUUUAUGUAUAUUUGUAUACACAUUUUCUGUUACUAAGAUUAUUUAUAAAGCUUAGAUGUAGCCAUUCUUUCCCCUAAAAGUCUGCUGCCCUUGUUCAAUUGAUAAAAGUUAAAACCAAAUUUUUUAAAGGAAUUUUGAUUUGCUACUUUUUAUUGUUUUAUUAUUAAGAUAAAUUUGAGUGAUAUUUCUACAGGAAGUUUAGGUUUAAUUUUUAUUUUAUUUUAUUAUGAAUUGGUUGCAAACACAAGGCACACUGCAUGGCACUGGCAGCUGCUGUUAGCUGGAGAACAUGGCUACAGCGUAGGGUGUGAAGAGAUACUCAGGGACUCUGGCUUGACAUAAGGUAGAAUAUGUGAUAAGUCAUACAUUAUGUCAGUGCAAGCAGGAAGAAAUGAGACCAUAGAAAUAUUCCUCACCUAAAGGAAUGCUCAACUAGUGAUGUAUUAUAUAAAUACCCACAGGUAUUUAUUGCCAGUAGGAUACUUUUUACACUUUGGUACAUCCUACUAAACUACAUUCCCAUCAAGUGUGUGUAGCUCUCCUCCGGGAUAGAGGAUCUCAUGCUAAGCACACAACAUUCCAAGUGCCAGAUGAUUCUAAAGGAAUUGUAAAAGGAUUAUUAUUGACGUGGGAAACAAUUUAAGUUACUUCAAAAUGUACAAAAGAGUUCUUAUAAAAAGUGCCUUUUUA